AUGGAGCGACUUGGCGAGGCAGCUGCGCCACGACGAGGAGUGGUGUUGGAGGUGAAGGACAUCUCUGCGCCGAAGGAUGAGAAGGAGGAUGAAGAGGAGGAGGAGGUGGACACGGUGGUGGAGGAGCUCAGAGGGCUGUCGCACCUCCGCAUCAAGCCGCGGGUGGUCAUCUCCGACGCCAAGCACAAGAAGACCACCGGUAGCCCGGCGGAAGUGGCGACCGUCGCGCCCGCAGCCGCCAGCAGCGGCAUCAUCGAACGUGGCCGUCUCUGCUCAGUAUGUGCCACCAAGUUCGGGCGCUACACGUGCCCGCGAUGCAAUGCCGCAUCUUGCUCGCUUCCCUGCUACAAGGCUCACAGCACCAAGUGCACGGAGGCCUUCUACAAGGACAGCGUUGAAGAGGAGCUCCGAUCGCAGCGAGCCGACGAAGAGAGCCAAAAGCGCAUGCUGCAGCUCCUCAAGCACAUGAAGGACCAGGAGGACGAGGAGGAAGAAGACGAACACGAAGAAGAGGCCUACUACCGACUUGCACAGCUCAGCACAGAGGAGAAUCUGUCGCUGGAGCACCUGACGCCCGAGCAAAGGGAGGACUUCAAGCGGUCGCUGGUCGACGGCCGCAUCAGCGACAUGAUCACCCCCUGGCAGCCGUGGUGGCUCCAACCCGCAUCAGCUUACCGAGGCAUGUCGCCCAAAGGUCUGAUCGUGCCGGUGGAAACGAAGAGAGAAGACGAAAACGAAAACGAAAGCGAAAGCGAAGACGAAGACGAAGUGGAGGUGGAAGAACGGAAACCGCCAUCUGUCCUGCCCGACAUACCGCCGCUCUCCACACUACUCAGCAAAGAACCGUCGCCGCUGCUGGCGUUCAACCUUCUCGACAUUCUGUUCUCCUAUGCGUACGUCAUGCGGUACUUUAACGGCGAACCCGAUAGCGAGGCCAGCGAUGCCGCCUCUUUCCUCGUCGAGAUAUCGGCCGUCCUCCAGUCGAAUGCCGUCCACGAGUCUCCCGACGCCGCCUUCGAUGCCUGCCUAGCCAACAUUCUCAAGCCUUCGGUGUCGGGGUCGUCCGACUUUGGGCUGGCCGUGGUGGACGACGUCCGACAGAUCAUCGCACAGAAGCACUUCACGCUGAUGGCCCUCUCCGACCUCUACGCGCUGCUGGGCCGUGCGGCCGCCGACCAAAUCGCGGCCGCGACGAAAGAGGUCAAGCGGCUGCGGGCCAAGCUGGCGGCGCUGCAGAAGAAAGUGUACUUCUUCGUGGCAUGGGCCAACGCCCAGGACGAGCCGCUGUUCCGCGCCACUGCUGCGCUGGUCGAGGCCUACCUCCGCGAGCAGCGCGCCAAGCGACCCGACACCACGACCGCGCCCAGUAGCAGUACCGGUAGCUUGCGACUCCCAACUAAGCUCAGCUGA